AUUUUGGAGGCGACGCCGCAGCAUCGCUCAUUUGUUUCAGUUCGUCGCACAUAAUGGCACAUCGUAUAAUAUCGCAAGUCGUCUUCACAGGCGCAAGGGUCUUCGGGCGAGCGUUCGCGGAGGCAUACAAGCAGGCUGCGGCAUCACAAAAAUACGCCGCGGCGAAUAACUCCCAGACAUCGGCGAACACGCUCUCCUCUUCCGGACUGACUCUUGACGAGGCAUGCCGAAUACUCAACGUCUCUCCCCCUAAAGGCGGGCAACAGAAUCUCGACAGAGUGCAUGAACAGUUCAAGCGGUUAUUCGACAUGAACGACCCGAAGAAAGGAGGUAGCUUUUACCUGCAGAGCAAAGUGCUGAGGGCACGAGAACGAAUAGAGCUGGAGGCACAGCGGCUGAGAUUCCAAGAGGCACAGCAGCAGCAGACACAGUCGCAGAACCAGGCGCCACCGAGCUGAAACCUGGAGUUGUCCUCAGGGUCUGGUUGAAUGUAUGAAUAUACUGGGAUUUUGGCAUAGCGUGGAGUUGGUUGCAUCUGAGCGAGCAUCUUCGGCGUUUGAUUGUGGAGCGUAGAAGGCUGGGCUGCAGCAUCCUCUCCCCGCUCCGGUCGCGCCAUGCUGACUGUUCAUGGCACGCUCGUUGAGCACAGAAGGAUUCGGCCACUAUUGCAGCAAGCUACGGAAGGUGCAAGCGGAGCUUGGCCCUAUGCGCGUAACACUGUACACUAACAAUGCUGCAAGUCUCGGACACUUUACAACAUGGAGCCGUUCUAGGUACUGUCGAGAUUGACUUAGCUUGGGC